AUGCCGCCAAAGAUGCGGUCCAGCCAAGAAAAUGUGGCUGUGUCGUCGGAUGCCACAAUCCAAGCAUCUUCUGCAUCUUCACCACUUCAAGAUGCCAUGGCAGCCGUGACGUCGCUUUUCCCGCUCACCUCACCCUUUCCUGAUCCAGCUAAGGAUGACACGCUCAUACCCGCCGCCGAUAUUCUGCUCGAGCAGGAGCUGCUUCGUAAUCCGGACAACUUUCGCUCGUGGUCCUCCUACAUUGAUCACAUCAUCAAUACCAACGUCGUCAAACGUCCACCACCAGACGUAUCUCUCACCACCUAUCAGGCUGCACUUUUAGGGCCUCUUGCUAGCAGUACGCAGCGCACAGCGUUGCGGCGUCUCACGAGUAUCUACGAGCGUGCACUAGCUCAGUUCCCAACACGCUACUCGCUUUGGCGCGACUACCUGCAGAAUCGCUCACGCUUCGUACUGGGCGAUCCAAAAGGCGGCUCCGAUGCCAAGCGCAAACGCGAUCUGCAGGCUGCUCGCGAGAAGCUUGACUUUGGUCCAACAUUGAUUGACUCGGUGGAAGACGAAGACUUCGGGUCGGCCUACAGGGGUGGUCUCGACGGCACCGUUGGCUGGCAAGAGUGGAAGAGCUUGGCCGCACUUUAUGAGCGCGCUCUCAUGUGGCUUCCUACCAUGCCACGACUGUGGCUUAGCUAUCUAUCCAUGUUCAUCCAUCCACAAUGCCCUCCGAUCCUUUCAUUCACCCACGCACGCCGCACGUUUGAUCGCGCAUUAAGGACCUUGCCUGGAUCGCUGCAUCUCAGAGUAUGGAAGGUGUACCUCAAGUGGGCAGAACGCCGCGGCGGAGAAACGUGCCUAAGAGUAUGGCGACGCUACCUCCGAGUCGACCCUUCGUUGACAGAACGGUACGUGUCCAUCCUCCUGGCGCAAAGAGAGGAUCAAGAUGAGCCAGAAGGUGAAGAGGAGGAAGCGGAGGACGAUGCGCAAAGUGACCGCUCAAGGAAGCAAUCUGGCUCCAAGGCACUCGAGGCAUCCAAACUUCUCCUCGGGCUCGCUCGAAGCGCCAUGGAUGGGACGUACGUGAGCCCAGAAGGCAAAAGUCCAUUUCAACUCUUUGUUGAAUGGCUCGAACUAACCGAAAAGUACCCGGAGGAGAUCGGCCUGGAUCCGGAAGAGGAAAAGAAAUACCUACAGCAUAGCGUUGCUUUGACAUCAGACAAUGGCAUGACAAAUGCUCGGCGGGCGCCAAGACACAUUCAGGGCAAAGGGACAGCAGCUCGUGAGAUUGCAAAAGCAUCGUCGAGCAAGCAUCCUGAGACGGACGCUCUUGAUCCUACCCGACUCAACGUGACGGCUAUUAUUCAGAAAGAUGGCCUGGAUAAAUUCUCAGAUCAGUCCGGUCGGCUUUGGACGGGACUGGCUACCUACUGGAUCAAACGCGGCGAGUUUGAUGUGGCACGCGACACGUUUGAAGCUGGUAUCCAAACAGUCAAGACGGUUCGCGACUUUACCCAGAUCUUUGAUGCCUAUGCAGAAACGAGCGAAAACGUGAUUGCGUUCAUGAUGGACGAGCUGACAGAAGAGGGUGGCGACGAGGAAGCCGAUGCGGAAGACCAAGAGGAGACCAGGGAAGACAAGGAAGCCGAGCUGGACCGACGCAUGCAAGAGUUUGAAGAGCUCAUCGAACGUCGACCCUUGCUGGUCAACGACGUUUUGCUGCGACGCAAUCCAGACGAUGUGCAAGAAUGGGAGAAGCGCGUGAUGCUGUAUGGCGACAACGACGAAAAAAUCAUAGAGACGUAUCGCGAGGCGAUCCAAAAGAUCAAUCCACGCAAAGCCACGCCUAACUUCCACCAGCUGUUCCUCAACUUUGCCCAAUUCUAUGAAUACGGAGGAUCAGCAGGCCUGGCUAAGCGGAUGGCCGAAGGCGUCGAGGGCCAGGAGGAAGAAGAGCAAGCGGAGCAAGUGGAGGGCGAUCUCGAAUCGGCACGCAAGAUCUUUGAAAAGGCGAUCACAAUACCUUUUCGUCGCGUGGACGACCUGGCCGAGAUCUGGUGCGAAUGGGCGGAAAUGGAGCUGAGGCACUCGAACUACGACGAGGCAAUCCGCACCAUGGCGCGCAGCGUCGCACCACCUCGCAACACCAAAGGCAUCCAGUACCACGACGAUACGCUCCCCCCUCAAACACGGCUGUUCAAGUCGCUCAAGCUGUGGAGCUUCUACGUUGAUCUGGAAGAGUCAUUGGGAGACGUGGAGAGCACCAAGCGUGUUUACGAAAAGAUGCUCGAGCUCAAGAUUGCCAGUGCACAAAUCAUCAUCAACUACGCCGCCUUUCUGGAGGACAACAAGUACUUUGAGGAGAGCUUCAAGGUGUUUGAACGCGGCGUCGAGCUGUUCAGCUAUCCUGUUGCUUUCGAGAUCUGGAACGUUUACCUCAGCAAGUUUGUCAAGCGAUACGGCGGGGCCAAGCUGGAACGUGCACGUGAUCUGUUCGAGCAAGCGCUGGACAAGUGUCCUGCGCGCUUCUGUAAGCCGCUGAUGCUCAUGUAUGGACAACUGGAGGAGGAGCAUGGCUUGGUCAAAAGAGCGAUGAAGAUCUACGAACGCGCUACGCGAGCCGUUUCGACCGACGACCGGUUCGACAUGUACGUCUUCUACAUUGCCAAAGCGGCGGCCACGUUUGGGCUCGCAGCUACGCGACCGAUCUACGAAAGAGCGAUCGAGUCGCUGCCGGAUCGGCAGACUGCCGAGAUGUGCUUACGAUUUGCCGCACUGGAGCGUAAGCUGGGCGAAAUCGAUCGGGCACGAGUGAUUUAUGCACACGCCUCGCAGUUUUGCGAUCCACGCACACAGACCGACUUCUGGAAGGAGUGGAACCAGUUUGAGAUCGAAACAGGAUCCGAAGACACUUUCCGAGAAAUGCUUCGGAUCAAGCGCUCGGUGCAGGCACAGUUCAACACGGAUGUCUCGUACAUUGCUGCUUCGGCUCUGGCGUCAGCGCAGCAGAACCAAGCACAGCGUGGCGCACAGGGCUCAAGCAAUGGACAUGUGAGAGAGGAUGAUGUGGAUGCUAGCGAUCCAAUGGCAAGAGUCGAAGCCGCCUCAAGAUCAGCAGGCGCACGCCAGACUGCAUUCGUUGCAGCCAGCACCGCAGCCAGCGGCGCUCGUUCUGCUGACACGACGAUUGGCGACGUUGCAAAGAACGACGAGGUAGUUGGCGGCGAUGACCAAGACGAUCAAGACCUUCUGUAG